AUGGGUAACCAACCAACUAAACCGAUUUUGGAAGCAGCGCAGGCGCUGCUGAAGCAAAAGGAUUUAAAAAUCCCUGACAGGGUGCUGCGGAACUUUCUUAAGGAGGUUGAUCGAUUUAAGAAUUAUACAAUAUCAUCCUCUUCCGAGGAGGAGACGUCCUCUGAAGGAGAAGAUCAACAAGAGUCAUCUGACUCUGAGGAGGAAGCAGGGCUUGACCCUGCUGAACAGGCUGAGUUGGAUGAGGAAGCUGCAAAAUAUGAGAGAGGAAGAUAUGGUCGUGCCCCGCCCUACAUGCCCGGGUAUGGGCCAACAGCACCUCCUUAUGAGGCAAUAGAGAAAAAUAAGGCUGGGGGAGGCAGUUCACUGAUCCCUGGAAAGGAAAUGAAAAAAAUACAGGCAGCAUUCCCUGUAUGGGAAGAUGCUCAAAACCAAAGGCAUCACACUCCUUUGGAUCUGAAACAAUUAAAGGCUCUGGUGGAGUCAGUGCAGACGUAUGGCGUCAGUGCCUCGUUUACUCUAGCACUGAUAGAAAGACUAGCCGCCAAUGCUAUGACUCCUGAUGAUUGGGCCAACACUGUCAAGGCAUGCCUCUCCAUGGGCCAAUAUUUAGAUUGGAGAUCAAUUUAUCAAGAAUUGUGCAUGGCUCAAGCAAAACAAAACAUAGCCAACCAGCGCCCUCAGUGGAGCUUUGAUAUGCUCACGGGCCAAGGACAAUGGGUAGUCAAUCAAACUAUGUAUCCAGUGGAGGUAUAUGAGCAGAUUAAUAAGGCUGCUGUUCGAGCCUGGAAAAGUCUGCCAAAUAAAGGACAAGUUACUGGAAACUUGACAAAGAUUAUACAGGGAGCCACUGAGCCAUUUUCAGAUUUCGUGGCAAGAAUGAUGGAAGCAGCAGGGAGAAUAUUUGAGGAUCCUGAAGGUGCAAUGCCGUUUGUAGAACAAUUGAUUUAUGAGCAAUGCACAAAAGAAUGUAGAAAUGCUAUUACUCCCUGGAAAGGAAAAGGAAUAAAUGUUUUGCCUCAAGGUAUGGCAAAUACAUGGGGAAAGCCACGACAGCUAAAGACUGAUAACGGACGUGCUUGGGGAAUGCCUAAGACUCUCAAGACUGAUAAUGGACCUGCAUAUACUUCACAAAAAUUUCAGCAGUUCUGUCGUCAGCUGAACGUGACUCAUCUGACUGGCCUUCCCUACAACCCUCAAGGACAAGGGAUUGUAGAACGUGCACAUCACACGCUCAAAUCUUACUUAAUAAAACAAAAAAGGGGAAUAGAGGAUGUUCUUCCCUCAGUACCAAGAGUGGCCGUCUCUAUGGCACUCUUUACCCUAAAUUUUUUAAACUUGGAUGAUAAAGGCCAUACUGCAGCAGAAAGACAUACUCAGAGCCUAAUAGGCCAAAAGAGAUGGUUAAAUGGAAAGAUGUUCUGA